GAUUUGGGAGAGAAGCUGAGGCAGCAGGGGGGGCAGCAGGAGGGGGGGGGUUCAGUGGAGGAGGGAUGGGAGCUGCUGGGAUGCCGGCGCCAGGUGUCGGCGGGGGAUUGGACCCGAUGCAGCUGCAGGAACGGCUGUUGAACGACCCUUCCACUGUGAAGCUGAUGAGCGACAUGAUGCAGCAGCUGAGUGCAGAGGACAUCGCCGCCAUGAGCUCACGCAUGGGGCAGAGCAUGUCCGUGGAGCAGGCAGAGCAGGCCAAGCGCAUGAUGCAAGGGCUGGGCCCUGAGCGGCUGGCUACGGUGAGCAUGUCCGUGGAGCAGGCAGAGCAGGCCAAGCGCAUGAUGCAGGGGCUGGGACCUGAGCGGCUGGCUACGGUGGUAAGUGGUGGUGUAGGGUGUGUGUCUGACAUGGAAAGGUAG